CUAGACACGCCCAGCAACUUCAGUUGUUCUUAUUUCAUCUGCAUUAAUUAUAGCAGCUGUAGCAGCGCUGAGGCCUUGCACGAGCGUCACCAAUCGCCAGGUUCUGGCACUUGCUGGGCCCUUGCAAAACUCACAGUUUUUAGGUCAGAUACAAUUCAACCGUUUUGUUGUAACUUACUACAACACCGCGCUUAAGGGGUGCAACCAACGGCGUGCACUGGCAAAAUGACACCGCCACUUGCUGUGCUCGGCGCCGUUGUUGUCCUUUUAAGUGCCUUGCUGGAUAAAGCUACAGCAGCAACGUGCUAUGCCAACUUCGGCGCAAAGGACUUCCCUUCGUGUAUCAACUUGGCGCCCAGCCUCGCGCUGCACUGGAGUGUCAGCGGUGGCUCCAUUACCUUCGCCGCUGAUGUGGAUGGAGCGUGGGACUGGGUCGGCAUUGGGCUGAGCGAGGGCGGCAUGUUGGGCGCGGACCUGGCGGUAGCUGCGCUCGAGCCCGGCUCCACCCAGUGGACAGCCACCGAUUACUGGUCCGCCGGUUUUGGCUUCCCGGCCCGCGACGUCUUGCAAGACGUGACGCUGGUGGCGGUGUCGCGGGCAGGCGGCUCAACGCAGGUGGCCCUUCGGCGACCGCUGGUGAGCUGCGACCUGGCUCAGGACCGGGCGGUGGUGAACGACACGCGGCAGACGGUCGUCUGGGCGGUGGGGUCUGGCGGUUUCGCCUACCACGGCCCCGUCAACCGUGGGCAGGCGGAGGUGGUGCUACUGCCCAACGCCACCACGCAGGCCAACCUGCCGCUGCCGGCGGACGUGCAGACGCUGGAGCUCAAGAUGCCCGCCUUCACCAUCCCCGGCAAUGCCACCACGUACCAGUGUGUGAAUCUGGAGAUGCCGCACGAUGCCAAGUAUCACGUGUAUCGCUACGAGCCCAUUAUCGACAACACGCCCUACGUCCACCACUUUGUGGCUUGGACCUGCUACGGCCUCAGUGACGCCGACGCGCCCGCCACGCCGCUGGGCUCACCCUACGAUUGCCUGGGCUACAUGGAGUGCUCCGAGUUCUGGAUGGGCUGGGCUCCGGGUCUGAACAAGGUGGAUGCGGAGGCGCAGGCGGCACUGGCAUUCGGCUCGGGCACGCCGAAGCGGUACCUCGCCCUGCAGAUCCACUACACCAACCUGCAGGGCGUGCAGGGGCAGGUCGACUCUUCGGGCUUCCGCAUACACUACAGCCCCACACUCAAGAAAUACGACAUGGGUGUGCUCACCCUGGGCACGCACGACAUCGCCGUACCGGCCGGCGCGCCCUCGUACACGACGGCGCCGAACGUGUGCCCCGGCACCUGCACCUCGCAGCUGGCGGCAGCCGGCCCCAUCACCCUGAUCGAGUCCUUCUACCACAUGCACCAGCUAGGCAAGAGCAUGGUCACGCGCCACGUGCGCGGCGGCCAGGAGCUGUCGCCGCUGGGCACACGUGACUACUACGACUUCGCCUACCAGGCGCCCGUCAACGUGCCGCCGCCCUCGCGCACGCUGCUGCCCGGCGACUCGCUCAUCACCACCUGCACCUACAGCGGCGUGGGGCGCAGCAACGUGACCAAGUUCGGGGAGGCUUCCUACGAGGAGAUGUGCUUCAACUUCCUGUUCUACUACCCCUUCAACGACUCCAUCAGCUAUUGCAUCACCAUGGAUCGCGACCUGUCCGGCAUGGCCAGCUGCAGCUCCAUCCGCCUGCUGCAGGGGCUGCAGUCGCAGGAUGCCUUCAACGCGGCGGUGCAGGCGGGCGAGAUUGUCUCGGUGCCGGCCAACGCAACCACGUACAAGCCGUACAACCCGACGUGCGCACGCACCGCCCCCGGCGCGCCGGGCUCCUCCUCUUCCCAGCCCGCAUCUGGCGGCGAGGGGGAGCCGCAGGAGGAGAAGCACCGCCGCAACGUGGGUGCUGCGGUGAUCACAAUCAUCAUCAUAGCAUGCAUCGGCGGCGUGGCAAUUUGGGGCGUGCUGCGCUGGAUGCGUGUCAAGCGCCAGGCAGAGGAGGAGCAGCACCUGUUCCAGAAGUACAACCCCAACACGGUGGGGCUGCCGCUGGUGGGCGCAACCAACUCGUCCUCCGCGCCGAUUGGCAGCAAGGUAUAGGAGACGUGUGCGCGUCGACACGCCAGGGACUCCUCGGAAACUGCUGCGGCAGGAGCGGAAAUGUAUGUGGGUUGGGCAAGGUAGCAUGAAUAAAGGUAGGCCAUGUGUAGGGUAGGAUAGGUUUGAUGCACGAAUGCACAGUGGAAGGAAAUAGGGUAGCACAGGAAUAGUGCAUAAUAGCGGGUAGCAGUUCUCUAUGCGCGUUGGGGCUACGGUAGGCAGUGGCGGUUGUGUUUCACAUGUACACAGGUGUGCGAGGGGUUAGAGUGGAUAGAGGUGUACCACAUGUUGGCAUGCCGGCGUGGACUGGCGAUGAAUUGCAGCGCGGUGAGGUGGAGCAGUUACGCAGUCAAAUCUACGCUGCGGUUGCGGUCGAUGACCCUGACGCUGACGAGACUAGGGACUGUCCCUCACAGUAGCGGCUCUAGCGUAGUACUGCACUACCUGCCACAUUAGUGAUGCACAAAUUGCGUGAAGGGCCCAUGCUUACAAGAGACAACGCGCGCACGCGCGAGAGGGAUUCUGUUUACAUGUGUGAUACACAAUUGCGUGACGGGUCCAUGUUUGCACCAAAACUGCAACAUGUGAUACUACUACAAGAAGAUCUGC